AUUAAAAACUUUCAGGUGGCGCUUCUUCAAGAUCAAAAGUAAUCCGUGGAAAUCGAGUGUGAAGGUGGGAAAUGUCCAAUUUUAAGAUGAUAAUAGGUCGCUUUGCCGGCCUAGCAAAUAAUAUAAAGUUACGAAACACCCAAUUAGCAUUUAUUUCUAUCGCUAAACGUUCUAUAUGUAGCAAACAGAUGAGAGAUAUUAAUUAUGUUAGACCUAAACCUUGGCCGUACGAGACGAAAAAAUAUAAGUUUUGGCACGGUUGGAUUGAUAAUACAAUGGAUAGAUUCGAUGAAAAUACUAAAAUAAUCGUUGUAGACGGUCCCAUUGCAGCUGGAAAGUCGACAUUUGCUUCCUCUCUCGCUGAUGAACUCGAUAUGAAAUACUUUCCAGAACCGACCAUGGACCGUCUUUAUAUUAACAAAUACGGCUACGACCUAAGACAAUUAGAUGAUAAAUUACCUCCUCGUUGCAGAAGUUUUGAUGUUAAGAAAUUCUACGAAGAUCCUACUAAUAGUAAUGUUGCCAAGUUUCAGAUUUCUAUGUAUGCCCUGAGAUUUGAACAGUAUCUGGAUGCUAUGGCUCAUUUACUCAAUACUGGCAAGUAUAUCUGUUAAGAUCAUCGUUAUUUUUUAGAUAUUAAUCUACAAGUUAAAAUACCUUUAUAAAGAAAGUCGGCUCAAUUGUCUCCGUGCGCUACUUACUAAACUAAAAAAUGACUAAAAUAUCAAAAUGCACGUGUAUUGUCGAGUGAGGAUGCGGAGUAUUGUCGUUUAAGGCAAACGGAACGGAGAAGAGUUUAUUGUCGUAGAAAAUUUUUGGCAUUUGUACGGCCGGCGUUGGUUCCGUUUGUUUACUAAGAAAAUUUCAAAAUUUGGAUAUUUCGAUGUUUAAUGCAUUCAAAAAUAGAAUAAAUAUUUAUUUUUUUGUGAUUACUUUAAAUAAGUAGUAUUGUAUUGCAAUCUAACUAUAAAAUAGUAACACGAAAGGAAAAUCAUUUGGUUUUUAUAUUCUGGAAGAUCGUCAUCUAGUCCGUGUAUUACGAGUUUGUGGAUGCUUUCUGAUGGGAUUCCCCGUAUGUAUGGUUUCGUGUUUUCUUUCCUAAUGGCUGUAUAACUUUGUAUUAAUUUCCUUUAAAGUCCUUGAUCAUACUAGUUGGGUAUCCAUGCUCCUAUUGGGGAUACUUAUGGAAGCAUCUAUGAAUUAGUAUUAUGUGACUUAGAAAAAUGGAAAAUCAUUAUAGAUGCAAUGUUUGGAUUUCACAUAAAUUUAUGUAAUUAGUGAACUUAAAUUCAUUCAAAGGCAAUGUUGUAAACAAAAUGAACAACAAAAUGGUAAAAUUAAAAUAUUUAAAGACCAGUUUAUUUCAGAUUU